UUGUUGUUUUCCACAGAAAGUUACGGUUCUUCAAACCCAGAGACCUAUGCACACCCUCUAAUCGCAGAAUUGCAAAACCCAAUCCCCAACCCUCGAUCAAUCCUCCCAUGGUUUCUCCGGUAACCACCUUUCAAAUUGAGGCAGGGCCUCCACCAUUGGAGCUUUCAAAUAUAGAGAAGCAGUCGCCUUCUGCGGCGGAUGUAGCUUCGAGGCUACUGGAGUCCGCCGAUAACACCAAUAAUGGAGGCGCUAUGACGGGCUCUGCAGAGCAGCAAACGCUCUCUGCGGCAUCUGCCGCUACUCCUAAGUGGCCAGGGUGGCCAGGAGAUAACGUGUUCCGGCUGGUAGUGCCGGUUUUGAAAGUGGGCAGCAUAAUUGGGCGCAAGGGCGAGUUCGUGAAGAAGAUGUGCGAAGAAAGCCGAGCUCGCAUUCGAAUACUGGAAGCCCCUGUUGGAAAUCCAGAUCGGAUAGUCCUAAUUACUGGAAGAGAAGACCCAGAUGUGCCCCUAUCCCCUGCAAUGGAUGGAACACUAAAAGUUUUCAGACGCAUUUCGGGAUUGUGUUCUGCAGAAGAAGGUGGUGCAGAUUCAGCUGCUGCCAUGGCUGCAUUCUGCUCUAUUAAGUUAUUGGUGGCUGCUUCACAAGCUGCUCACUUGAUAGGGAAGCAAGGGUCUACAAUUAAAUCAAUUCAAGAAAGUUCUGGUGCAUCAGUGCGAGUUUUAACGGAAGAUGAGUUGCCCACAUUUGCCACUUCUGAUGAGAGAGUAGUUGAGAUUCAUGGUGAGGCUGUGAAGGUCCUUAAAGCUUUGGAGGCAGUAUUAGGACAGUUGAGGAAAUUUUUGGUCGAUCACACCGUUCUACCUAUAUUUGAGAAGGGUUACGAUUCAACUGUUCCUCAAGAGCGCGCUCCCGAGCCCUGGAAUGAGAAACCUCGGGCCCAACAACACCCUGGUUCUGUUCCUGCACUAACAACUCAAUCUUUUUCCGAGUUUUCUUUCCCCAUGAAACGGGAUCCUUAUUUACUUGAUCAUGAGACCUCAUUGGACACCAAGCUUCAACGCUCUUCAGUCUCACUCUUUGGACAAGAUCCUGCACUCCAUGGCUUACACUCCUCUGUACCUUUACGGACUGCUCCAAUAGUUACUCAGAUGACGAAGAUAAUGCAAGUGCCCCUAUCAUAUGCUGAGGACAUUAUUGGUAUUAGCGGAACAAAUAUUGCCCACAUCCGCCGUACUAGCGGGGCAAUUCUUAGCAUUCAAGAGAGCAGAGGCUUACCUGAUGAAAUUACUAUUGAAAUUAAAGGGACCUCAUCACAAGUUCAAACAGCUGAGCAGCUUAUUCAGGAUUUCAUUAACAAACACAACGAACCAGCAUCAAGCAUGUAUGGCAAGACAGAUACUGGACUUGGGUCAUUCUCACGUUUUCGUGAGUAUUCGUCGUCUUCAUAUCCUCCUCAGCAGCCCUUGGGAGGCGGGGGCGGGUAUGAAUCCUCCAGUCUAGGUGGCUAUGGGGGUUAUAGGUUUUGAGCGGUCUGACUCACCUGGCAUUUGACUAAGUUCAAUGUUUGGCUGUAUGUAUACUUACUAUAAAUGCUUCCAGUGGGGUUAUGUGAUGUUGAAGUAUUUAAAUUCUUAAAAAAACUAGAAUUUAAGGCAGAGAUUAGAAUGAGGAUUCGUGAUAUUUGUUUUCUCAUUUUCUUUAUUUUAUUUUAAAUGCUGUCUUAUUUUCUGUAUGGAUGCCAUGUGUUGUAUGUUUUUAUCAUUAUUACUAGAACUUUUGCUUUUGUUUACUGAAUUUGAGCCGUUGAACUUUUAAGGGAAAAGGGGCAAAAAACCCCUUCAAGAGUUCAA